AUGCCCACGGCCAAGACUAAAUGCAAAGUCGCUUGUAAAUCGUGCAAUUUGCGACGUGUCAAGUGUGAUCGAACUGAGGAAGCACCAUGCACAUACUGCCGACUGGUAGGGCAGGAUUGCCAGCCCAUUGUUUCGAGACGUGGAAAGUAUAAACGAAAUCAUGAUAAAAGCACUGAUACUCGGCCGGCACUUCGUCGGUCGUCACGAAAGCAGCAAAAUGAACGUAAUCCUACCAGUGCCGUAUCGGUUGAAUCCACUUCAGAUACCAUUAUCAAUACUAGUAGCCCAAGCUUUGGUGAUGGGAAUACUACUGCUGAAGCACGGUCGUGUGAGCCAUCCAAUCUCCAGUCAAGUACCCCACCACCAAGGCAAGGCUAUCAUUAUUCCUCGCCGAGCUCAGACAGUAAGGUGGUCUACUACGGCGAUUCCUUCAAUCUUGACUAUAUGUUGCAUGAAAUGGGAGACCCUUUAGGUGCAUCCCGUAAUGGCCGCACUUGGGAGGAUGCUCUCGAGCACUUAUACUUCAGCCAGCUAGGGCAAUCAACGAAAACACAGAUAGAAGAGCAUUCUCGAAACCAGCGUCUGCAGCUGAGAGACAUUGGCGCGCUUAAACCUUUCGAAAAGAAUGCCAGUGACGACUUGAUUAAGGUUUUCUUUGAGAUGUGCUACCCUCAGUGUCCUAUAUUUGAUCGAGCAGACUUUCAGCUUAAGUACGAGGCUGGAAGGGUGUCACCGCUGGUUUUGCAAGCUGUGUACUUCGUGGCCCUCAAUCAUUGCAGUGAAGAAGUCUACAAGCGGACCGGCUUUGAAAAUAGAUAUUUGGCAACAUUUACAUGUUAUCAAAGAGCGAAAACCUUGUACGACACAAACUACGAAUCUGACGCUAUAGCGACUCUUCAAGCGGUCUAUCUGUUGUCUUUCUGGUGGGGAAGCCCAAUGGAACAGAAGGACAUGUGGUACUGGACUGGUAUUGCAUGUAAUCGAGCACAUUCACUAGGGCUGCAUCAACGGUUGGUCAUUGAUGAAAGAUUCUUUGAGCUGGCUGACGCUUUCCUAGGAAAACUUAUUUGGGGUUAA